UGUUGAAAAAAGUGAUGAAAUUGCACAAAUGGAAAAUUAAAAAGAAGAUCGGAGAGGAUAACUCGCGAUAAUAAUCACUCUAGUGGUUUGUUUCGUAACCUGGGACUCGCACGCAGCGUCCGCACUACGCCGAACAAACGGGGGACUACCACUUAUUACAUUUAUAUACUUUAAUACUACAUGUAUCUAUUUUGCUAUGGUAAUACGAUAGUGAAAAAAGUUUACCGUCAGUAUUUGUAGACUAAAUAUGUACGGUUUGAUAAUGAAGCGGGAUUCCCUGGAAGGCCUCUUCCUUAAAAUCUCAACAUCGUCUCUCUCUUACUUUCACAUCCAGCGACGCCACUUUACAUCACAUUCCCAAUCAUUGGAAAAGGAUCUCAACCACAUACUAACAUUUACCUCUACCAAACUAUCGACACCUCCCAAAACUAUAAACAGUCAUGGCACAUCUGGAACCCAACGUAGAAGCACAGGACGCACCUGUCCGUCGACUCAUGCUCGGUUGCGAGUUCACUUACGACAACAUUAACCCUUUUCCAAUGCAAAGAAUAUUCCUUCGAUAUUUUACUAGUUGCAAAAGCUCCCCAUGCAAAACACUAUGAUAUCAAUUAUAGGAAAGCACAGCUAGCUUUUCGGGAGGGGGUCGUCUGCUGGUAAUUAUAUGAUGAGAUUUAAUCAACGAUGUAUUGAUAUCGAGCCUCCUGAUGUAAUGCAUCCGCGAAUUAGGGAUGCGUGUAUUGACAUGUCGAGGGAAUGGGAUCAGAUCUGGGGAGGAGAUGAGUGGGAGGGAGAUGAAGAGGAUAAUUGGGAAGAGGAAUUUGAGGAGGAUGAAGUGUAUGAUGAGGAAAUGGAGGAUGGAGAAGAAGAUGAAUACGAGGAUUAUGAUGAACUUGGCGAAUAUAUGGAUGAGGAUGAGGAUGAGGAUGGCCAUGGCGGUGGAAAUUUCGAAGGAAUAGUCAACGUUAUUGGAGGCGGUGACGGGAACUGGAAUUACACCUAUCGUUCAUGGUGUUUGUAGUUUUUGCAAACAUCUGUCUAUCGUCAUUCAACUUUACGAGUCGAAAUGAACAGAUUCAGAUGGCCAAUAUGGUAAUGAGAUUAUUUGUUAUGUCUUUCAAGGGAAUACAGCGUGGAAGAGGGCAUUUCAGACUAGGAAGGAACAUGUGUAUGUAAACAAAGAUUUACGAUAGAAAGGGUAGAAACUGUACAGAAAGCAUUAAGCGAAGAAAUAUAUAACUAUUAAUCUUAAACCCGUGCUAUAGGAGGUAU